UUCUCCAAAGCCCAAAAGCUCGUCCCAGCACUGAUGGGCGAUCGCGUAGCUGACGAACAUGCUGCAGUUGCGAGCGAUCCACGGCGUUGCUCUGUUGGACGGGUACUCAGAUCCAGUCUUCUCUAACAAGUCAAGUUCACAUCAAACAUGAAUCUUCGUAUUAUUUAUAAUGAACGGAAGGGGAAAUGGGGCCAGUGGUGGGAUCUUUUCUUCACAAAUUCCCGUUUCAUACUAGGCCAUGAACGUGUGAACUCCAGCAUGCUGGUCUCUGAGUGCCGGUUAAAACUCCGAAAAUUGAAAACUAUCCUACGGUAAACAACACGCCAUCGGUCAUGCAUGCUUGACAACCACUAACCACUCAUGACUCAUGAUUCACGCAACAAGAACCAGCACCAACGUACGUCAUUCAUUUCAAUCCCACAAAAAGCGGGGAAAGACAAGAAACAUCCUGCCUCUUGUUUGAUCAAAGAGAGAGAGAGAGAGAGAUCCCGUUAGUUUGACUGCAAGAUCAAAUCCUUGACAUCCACACAGCAUGUAAUAGCCAUAUAUAAGUCAGUUGGAGCUUCUACGACGACACGACACGACAGAGCAUGAUGCCCUCUUGGCACAAUCAAUAAUAGCAUAUAGAGUCAACCAGUAGCAGCCUGCCACUACUACCAUGGCCGCGGCGGCAAAGCAUAUAUAGCACACCAGCAGGCCGGCCGGGCAGAGAGCUCGACGACCGGCUCGGCAAAGUCGCGCGCGACGAUGGCCGUGGCGGCGGCCGAGAAGGCGGUGAGGUGCCUGGGCCGGGGCUUCGACAUGACCUGCGACAUGAGGCUCAAGUACUGUAAGCACGCCGGCGGGUGCCUCGUCGACAGGGGCGGCGUCGAGACGGCGCCGCUCGCCGUGCCCGGCGUCGGGACCAUCGGCGGCGUGCCCGUCGACGUUAAGUGCGGCAAGGGCGACCGCGUCCGGAUCAAGUCCGGCGUGCUCGAGUUCAACAAGAUGUCGGAGCUGUUCAACCAGCGGAGCUCGGUGGAAGGGAAGAUCCCGUCGGGGCUGUUCAACGCCUGCUUCGACCUGGACAGCGGCGCCUGGGCGCAGGACGCGGCCGCCACGAAAUGCCUCGCCAUGGACGGCUACUUCAUCUCCCUCUUCGACCUCCGCCUGGACCGCCGCCCGCUCGCGCUCGCCGACCGCGUCCUCCGCGACGCCCCGGCCGCCUGGGACCCCGCCGCCAUCGCCAGGUUCAUCGACAAGUACGGGACGCACGUGGUGGUGGGGCUGAGCGUGGGCGGGCAGGACGUGGUCUACGUCAAGCAGGACGGCUCGUCGGCGCUGCCGCCGGCGGAGAUCAAGGAGCAUCUGGACAGGCUCGGGGACCAGCUCUUCACCGGGGCCUGCGCCAUGCCUCCCCUCCGCUGCAAGUCCAAAGACAAGCUCAAGAUGCCGGAGGCCUUCAACGUGUUCGAUGCCCAGCUGGUGGCGCAGCAGCGGCUCCAAGCAGCAGGGAUGAUCACCACGCUGGUCUCCUCCAAAGAGGGCGUGACGGUGAUAUACUCCAAGAGGGGAGGCGACACGACGGCGGGCAGCCACUCGGAGUGGCUCCUCACGGUGCCGGCGACGCCCGACGUGAUCAGCAUCGAGGCCGUGCCCAUCACCUCCCUCCUCAAGGGCGUGCCUGGCGCCGGCUACCUUUCGCACGCCAUCAACCUCUACCUCAGAUAUAAGCCUCCUGUAGCUGACCUCAAGUACUUCCUGGAUUUCCAGCAUCACAAGAUGUGGGCGCCGGCGCUCGGCGAGCUGCCCCUCGGCCCGUGCUCCAACCGGCAGCAGGGCUCCAGCCCGGCGCUUCAUUUCAGCCCGCUCAGUGCCAAGCUCUAUGUCAGCCCAACACAGGCGAUUGUCCCUAAGUUGCCGGUCACUGGGAUGCGGCUGCACCUGGAGGGCAAGAAACACAACCGGUUAGCCGUCCACCUGCAGCACCUAUCGACCACCCCGACGUUCAUCGCCGCCGCGCGGCACGACAAACCGCCGGUGUGGCGAGGUUCGGACGCGGCCUCCGACGACAGGUACUACGAGCCGGUUCAGUGGCGGAUGUUCGCGCGCGUGUGCACCGCGCCGGUCAAGUACGACACAGGGUGGCGCGGCGCCGGAGACCGCGACCCGAGCGCGGCCUGUGUCGUGACGGGCGCGCAGCUCCACGUCGCGGCGCACGACGCCACCCACGUGCUGCACCUCAGGCUCCUCUACGCCGAGCUCCCCGGCUGCGCCGUCGUGCAGUCCAGGUGGGCGCGCGGCGUGGCGAGGCUGUCUGGGAAGUCCAGCGGCUUCCUGUCGCCCUCCUCCUCCCCGGGCUCUUCCGGUGGUGGCAGUGGCAGUGGCGGAUCGCAGAAGGAGAGGCACCCGCCGGAGGGCGUCGUCAACAUCAACUCCGGCGUGCUCGCCGGCGGACCGCCUGUGCCCGUCGCCGCGCAGAAGAUGCUCAGGCUCGUGGACACCUCGCAGGUGACCAUGGGGCCGCAGGACAGCCCCGGGUACUGGCUCGUCACCGGUGCAAGGCUCGACGUCGACAAUGGGAGGAUCUCGCUGCACGUCAAGUUUUCCCUGCUUGCCCCGGCUUCCUGACAGGCCGUUCAUGCAUACAGAGUUGUACAGCUUUCUGAUGCUCAGAACUACGCAAUUGAUGAUGGUGCAGGGCGAAUGCAUUUUUUUUUUGAGAAAAAAGGUGAAUGCAACUACGCAAGUUAGAUGUGACACUUCGCACUUGGUAAUGGAAGAAAUAGACCUUCGUGGUCGUCCAUACA